AUGAAGAAGAUGGGCUUCGGGAGAAAGUGGUUAAGCUGGAUGGAGGCAAGUGUGUUUACGAGUUCCAUGGCCAUAAUUGUGAACGGAAGCUGUACGAAAGAUUUCAAAGUCGAGCGUGGUCUCCGACAAGGAGAUCCCUUAUCUCUGUUGUUGUUUGUAAUUGCUAUAGAAGGCUUAACUAGUCUUAUGGAGAAAGCUUAUAGUCUAGAAGAUUACAAAGGUUUUUCGUUCGGUGAUAACAAUGUAGUUGACAUCCUACACUUUACCAACGACACCAUUAUAUUGGGUGAUGGAGGCAAAAAAAACUUGUGGAGUUUGAAGUCGAUUCUUAGGGGAUUUGAACUCAUGGCUGGCCUCAAGAUCAAUUUUAGUAAAAUUAACAUAUACGGGAUUAAUCUUAGUGAUACUACUCUUCAAAUUUUGUCAACAUUUAUGUCUUGCGAAAUAGGUGUCUCUCCGUUCAAGUUCUUGGGAGUUAUGGUGGGUGACAGCCCGAGGAAGGUGGCAAUGUGGAAAGACGUUAUUAAAUACAUUAGGAGAAGGUUAGACAAGUGGAGAGGGAUAUUCCUUUCAAUUGGAGAAAGGGUUGUUUUGAUUAAUUCGAUUUUAAACGCAAUCCCUCUGUAUUCACUUUCGUUUUACCGAGCUCCAAAGAAGGUUAUGAAGGAAAUCAAGAGCAUUCAAAGAAGAAUCUUAUGGAGGGGAGUGGAAGGAGGGAGAGGGAUAAGUUGGGUUAGUUGGCGCAAUGUGUGUAAGCCUAAAGAAGACGGCGGUGUGGGCAUUAGAGACGUAGAUUUGUCGGAAGCGUUUCCGGAGCUGUAUGCCAAAGCAGAAAAACCGUACAUGUCUGUAGUAGAGGCAGGAUUCUGGGAUGGCGAUGAUUGGAAGUGGGAUGCAAAUUGCUGCCUGCGAGAAAUAGAUGAUGAUGAUGCGGAUAUGCUGAGUUUGCUGCAAAAUGAUUUGUCGCUGCUCAGCCAGCCGAACUCAGGCAGAGACGAAAUCGUUUGGGUGGCGGAUGAAGAUAAAGGAUUCUCCGUUAAAGGGUGUGCAACUGAGAUUAGAAGACGCGAAGAGGGCUCGGGGCUGCAAACAGUAGAGUAA